AAUGGAAGAAUGUUCUUUGGUCAGAUGAAAAGUAUUUUUGUUUAAUUCAUCCUAAUCCACACCAGUACGUAUGGAGAAUACCACACGAAGAGUUUGAUGAUGAUUGCCUUGUUCCGGCAAUUAAAUCUAAAGAGCUUCGAAAACGUUAUCCAAGACCCAGUAAUCUUAAUGAGCUUGAACAGAUG